UCAAUCCACCACACCCACUUUUUAAUCAUUUCACAAAAAAACACACACACCAUUUUAGUUUUCUCUCCGAUGACAACAAGAAAAUUAUAUCAUGAUCAAACACCAAAGUUCCUUUAUUUCUGCGGCGGUGACGGCGACAACGAUAAGAGAAUCAAUCCACUCGGUGCUGACGGAUUCGAGAUGAACGAAGCCGACUUGUGGAGCACCGAAAUGGAUGAUCAUUCAAACGCGCCACAAAACCACGUACCAAGAAGAUCAAAGUUUCCAUUGAAAGCUCAUCAACAACGAAAAGUGCCCAUGUCGAAUGCGGCUAGAUCAUUGCCGGUCAACGUACCCGAUUGGUCAAUGAUUUUGAGAGAUGAGUACAAGCAUCAUGGGAGGACAAACAAUGAUCAUGAUGACCUAGAGUUUGAUGGUGAUAAUGAGAUCAUGUUGCCACCUCAUGAGUAUCUAGCAAGAACUAGAAUUGCUUCAUUUUCGGUUCAUGAAGGUGUUGGAAGAACACUAAAAGGGAGAGAUUUGAGUAGGGUUAGAAAUGCUAUUUGGAAGCAAACCGGUUUUGAACAAGAUUAAUUAGAGAGAACACCAAGGUACAAUAUACGUCUAAUUAAUCUAUAACUAAUUUGACAUUAACCGAUGAGUUUCAACACGUUAUGGAUCGUUACUCACGUAUAUUUUAACGUGUAUUUUUGUGUGUGUGGUGAUAUUUUAUAAGAUUUAUCUUCAAACAUGGGUAUGUAACGCUAGGUACAUGAAAAAUAAGUGGUUGGUUUAGGUAACCCUAUUUUUGGUCACGGGCCAAAAAGGAAUGCAAUUGUAGUGACGCUUUGUAAAAGUCAUAUUAAAGUUUUCUAGACCGAAAAAUUUAGUUUAGAUUAAUGAAGUUACUUAAAAGACGAUGUCCCACA